GGACUGUUGCGAUCACCGGAUACGGUAUCAUUACGCAGAAAUUGUCCGCUCAGUCUCGAAAACUCCGGAACUUCGGGUAGUGGCGGGUUCGCGCGCUGUGGAAUGGUGAACUGAACGACCAAAAGUCAUAGAGGACCACAUACAACACCACACUACCAUGAGCCUUCCCAGUAGCGGAGUCGACAUGUCCUCCCUCAUGUCGCAACAUCCAGUCCUGGGUGCCAUUCCUCCGGCUUUUUUCCUACGCGCGUCCGAACGCUACCAACGAACACCAAAAUGCGCACGUUGUCGCAAUCACGGCGUCGUCUCGGCCCUCAAAGGUCACAAAAGGUACUGCCGAUGGCGCGACUGCAAUUGCGCUAAAUGCACUCUCAUUGCUGAAAGACAAAGAGUUAUGGCGGCCCAAGUAGCCCUAAGAAGACAACAAGCACAGGAAGAAAAUGAAGCAAGAGAGCUGGGGAUUCUUUUCCCAACUCCUGCAGGUGUUGUGGGAGAUUCACCAGUUACUCCGUCUUCUAUACCACAGAAUCCUGACGUAGGAAUCUCACAGUUGAUGCAGAGGAAUACGUUCACAGCCUCGGAUUCAUCGGAACCGUCGAGUCCAACUUCGAAACGACCUAGAAUUAACGUCGAGGACUGCUCCUUGGAAGGAUCGGACUCUGAACCUGAAGAUUUGAAAAAGAGUCGUCAGUCGAGUCCGGUAUCUGCGCCGGCCCCCUCAGCCCCUACUCCCUCUCCCGAACCACAAACAAGUCCAGAUCCGGAUUUGGACGUUGAGGAGGACACCCAAAGUGAAGCACCUGAGAAUCUCUCCCUUAAGAAACCAUCCAGUCCGGAAACUCCCCCUCAACCGACACAAAACUUCAUUCCUUACCAGCAAUUCGUUUCCACGUUUCCUCCUUUCCAGCCGCAGUACUCCACUCAGCGUUCACCCAUCGACGUGCUCAUGAGAGUGUUUCCGGGGAAAAGAAGAUCGGACGUUGAGGCUCUUCUACAAAGGUGCAAGGGCGACGUAGUGCAAGCCAUGGAAAUGAUGGUGAGUGGAAACCACGAAGAUGCCACACCGCCAUCGGCUUUCAGUCCUUUGGGUCCUCCAACAAACUUCCACCGUUUCAGUCCUUCGAGAAGAUUUUUGUCGGCUCCUUAUGCCGGAACGGGGUAUCUCCCAACGGUGAUAAGACCCCCUCCUGAUUAUCUAUCCAUGGUAGGGUCAGUUCAUGAUAUUUAUAGCAACGAUAAAACCUCGGCGUCUUCUCCGGGUUCUAACACGAGCUCGGACAAGACGUCGUACUCGGAAUAACCGUGAUAUUAAGUGUUUACCUGCACGCCCUGUAUAGUGGAUUAUUCUGUGCGAGUAAUGAAGACCAGUUCGAGUUUCCGCACGAACAAUCACAUCAGAAUUUAAUUAUAAAAUACAUAUGAAUCAAGUUCCAUCCCUCUACUCGGUAUUCAGCGACCCCUAACCCUAUUGAAUACAUGAAGCCAGUUAUUAGGUCUCUAUUGUUAGCCUGUAGCUACCAGAUCAUAUAAAUUAUAUUGUAAACAGUGGCGUGUGUUUGGUUUUAUUGUCUGUAUUAAAUUGUGGUUUCAUUUGUGACGAUCGCCACUGGGUCCAGUGAUCACGUUGUAAAUAAUUUUUUACUAAUACUUUAGCUUCAUUCUAUCAAAUAUGUUGUUCAACUUGUAAAUAAUUGUGAAUAGCUUUAGACACAUUCAUCGUACAUGCUGUAUAUUAUUAAUUAAAUUGUUU